AACACAAGAACAGAUACAAUGAUCUUUUGCUGUAUUUUAUCUCUACUGCACAUAUUUUAUAAAAAUUUAAACAUGUAACAAAGUAUGCAUUCACGUUUGUACUGUUGCUUAAAUGAUUCAUCCAAAUGAAUGCGUAUCUUUUACCGUGGGCUACACACACUAAAAACUGCAUUUCUAGAUUUCAAGGGGUUCAAGCUGUAGACCUCAGCUGCACAGGCUGGAAGUGGGAUUUUCUACCAUUAUAGGUAGUUGAAACACACACAAAUAACCAAGGAUCACAUUGGUUGUAAACACAAUGAAGUGUAACGGUAAUGUUGGGUGGUGGGAUGAGAAAAAGUUCUCUUUUUCCCAUUUUCCUGUAUUUUUUAAAAAACAUUAUCAGCACAGUUCUACUUUAUAAUAAAGAACAACAAAUAUUUUUUAAAAAGUACCUGAUCUAUUUUGUUUUUAUAUCAAAUACUGUAAUUAGAAAUAAUGCAUACUAGAUUUCCAUUUCAUGCUUGGGAUCUCUUACCAGGAGGGAAAAAAAUGAGGAGGGAGAAGAGAAGGCAAGAAAAAGUGAAAGAAAUGGGGGAACUCAGUAAAAGACUUUGCAGUUAAUUCCCCUGGUGGACCUACUACUUGGUUCCUCCCUGGUUUUCCACAACCUCGGUUGUUCUUUAAAAUAUUUUCCCCAAAGAAGUCAAGGGAGGCGGAGGUGUCUUGUUACAAUGCAAAUCCUUUCGCUUAAAACCCCUCAACAGUUCCCAGUCACUUGCAAAAUAAAACCCCAUAUCUUUUAAUAUGGCCCAGUUCCAUAUCUUUCUGCCUUUUUGCUACUAUGGCCACCCCUUCAAGCUCUUUAAGGGAAGAACCUAGCUCAUUCCUGCCUCGGGGCCUUAUAAGCUGGGUUCCGCAGCCAGAAUUGACUACUUCUCCUUACCCAAGCUUUUCGUUGCUUUGUACUCCUGGGCCUCCCCCUCCCCAUUUUCUCCUCUGUCCUGUUCAUUGCUUUGGAGCGUUUAUUUGUGAUUAGGCAUCCAUUCGCGUGCAUUCACAUCUAUUUUCCCAAAGACAUACCCUCAUCCCUCUAGGUGGUCAGGUUCCAGAAGGGAAAGACCGGGUGAGUCUGGCUCCCCGAAACUCCAUGCACUGCGCACGACACAGAGUAAGGCGCCUACUGGUGACUUUGUUUUAAGUCAAUAAAUGAGUUAACGCAGGCAGCAGCAGAAUCAGGAGACAGUCCCCAAAGCAAAGAAAGGGGUUCCAAAAGCCUUUCAUCAGGACUCUGAGGCUUAGGUUUCCUCUCCCUCCCCCCGCAGGAAUGCCACCAACUCAAAGGCGCUCUGGGCUGGGGGACCGCUGCGGGCGGACACUGCACAACCUCGCCCGAAUUCUGGUCCGCAGUAACUGGAUCUCUCCUUUAGGUGGCGUUCGGGGCUGCAGCUACUUAUUUCAGCGCGAGGCAUCACGGGACUUGUAGUCUCGGUGGCCAUAAAUACACACAGCGCUUGCGCACUGUCAAGGCGCACACAGCCCCCCCAUCAAGAUUCCGGGUCUUUGUGAGGGGCAGUCCAGGCAACAGCGUUCCAGCCGCAUACACCUCUCUUUGCCCCCGGGGACAAGCCUAAUGCGGGGACGAAUCUGCUCUGCUGGGGCCAUCGUGGUGCUCUGGAAAGCAGCCGGAAUAAGCAAACCCCCAUUCCGGAAGUGAGCGGCUUUGGGCGCGGUGCAUUGUGGGGGGCGUAGUCCUCUUUCCCAGGCGGUCCUUCGCGGCGUCCCCGGGGCCGACUCCGGAGCGCAGGCGGGCAUCCGGGCUGGUGGCGCGGCGCGGGCCGGCAGGAAGCGUAUUCUGAGCACGGGGCGCCGGGUCGGACCGGCUGCGCAGGGCGGCAGUAGUGGGAGACCGUCCAAGGCCUCGCGCGGCGCCGCCCGUCGAAGGGCGGGCGGCGGGGGACCGACCGGGCCGUCGAAGGGCGCAGGAGGCCGGUGGGCCGGGCCGGGCCUCGCGGCGCAGCCAUGCCUGGGUUUACGUGCUGCGUGCCAGGCUGCUACAACAACUCGCACCGGGACAAGGCGCUGCACUUCUACACGUUUCCCAAGGACGCUGAGUUGCGGCGCCUCUGGCUCAAGAAUGUGUCCCGUGCCGGCGUCAGUGGGUGCUUCUCCACCUUCCAGCCCACCACGGGCCACCGUCUCUGCAGCGUUCACUUCCAGGGCGGCCGCAAGACCUACACGGUGCGCGUCCCCACCAUUUUCCCGCUGCGCGGCGUCAAUGAGCGCAAAGUAGCGCGCAGACCCGCGGGGGCCGCGGCCGCCCGCCGCCGGCAGCAGCAGCAACAGCAGCAGCAGCAACAGCAACAGCAGCAGCAGCAGUCGCAGCAGUCGUCGCCGUCCACCUCCACUGCCCAGACCGCCCAGCUGCAGCCUAACCUGGUGUCUGCCUCCGCGGCCGUGCUCCUCACCCUUCAGGCCGCUGUAGACAGCAGUCAGGCUCCGGGAUCCGUGCCACCAGCGCCCACCACUCCCACCGGAGAAGACGUGAAACCCAUCGACCUUACAGUGCAAGUGGAGUUCGCAGCCGCAGAGGGCGCAGCCGCCGCGGCCGCCGCUUCGGAGCUGCAGGCUGCUACGGCCGGGCUGGAGGCCGCUGAAUGCCCUAUGGGCCCCCAGUUGGUGGUGGUAGGGGAAGAAGGCUUCCCUGAUACUGGCUCCGACCACUCGUACUCAUUGUCGUCAGGCACCACGGAGGAGGAGCUCCUGCGCAAGCUGAAUGAGCAGCGGGACAUCCUGGCACUGAUGGAAGUGAAGAUGAAAGAGAUGAAGGGCAGCAUCCGCCACCUGCGUCUCACCGAGGCCAAGCUGCGCGAAGAACUGCGCGAGAAGGAUCGGCUGCUUGCCAUGGCUGUCAUCCGCAAAAAACACGGAAUGUGAAUGGGUCCCCCUGCGGCCUGCAGGACUCGUGGACCCCUUCCAGCCCAGGGGAACCUCAGGCCGCUAUUGAAGUCCUGUAUACUCCUGGGACACUGGUUGACAGUACUGAGGCUUAAGGCAGCUGGACUCUUGCUGGUGAUCUGGCACCCUCACUUGUUUCCUCCUGAAGCAGGACUGGGGCCUCAGACUCUGCACUGGUGACACCAGCAAUUAUGACUUUGGCCACCCUUCCUCCCCAGUUUAUGUUGCAGAUUCUGGUUAAGCAGAGGCUUCAGAACCACUGAACUUGAAACUUACCCCCUAGGGAUGCAGGUGGGAUGCCCAGGAACUAUGGGUUUGGGAAAGCCACACCUUAAGGUUGGCAAGCAAUCAGAGAGAACUCUUCUCUGUGUAGUGAUAAGAGAUCCAAGUAACACCGGUUAUCCUCCUUUUCAUGUUUUUCCUUCCCAGGUGCAGCCUUUGAUUCUGAUGGGGACUGGUAGACCUGUGCCUCUGCCUCCUGGGACCUUCCUCCCCUGGGGGCCAUUUAUGAGUGGGUCUGGGUAACCUGCUGAUGGAGAGCCAGCUUGCCAGGGACUUAGGUUUAUCCUGUUUUGUUUGCUACUGGUUACAAAUUCUAUUUUCUGUACAAUUAGUCAGACUAAAGUUUUCACUGUGUUUGUUUGGCAAAACAAAUUAAACAAAAAAUAAGGUUUUUA